AUGCAACACAUUCAAAUUGUCGGUCGUACAUUGGCCCAAAGGCUCAACACACCUCAUACUGCCCGUACAUGUACCCAGUCAAUCCGCUUGGCUCCUGCUCUUGUCAACAAGGUUCUUUCUUCUCGUCAGAUUACCCUCAACCGCCCUGAACGUCUGAACGCAUUGAACCAUGAUAUGAUCAAGACAAUCUUACCCAAUCUCUUGGCAUGGGAAAAAUCUGAACUGGCUAAUGUGAUUAUUCUCAAGGGAUCUGGUCGUGCAUUGUGUGCUGGUGGCGAUGUCCGUGAUGUUAUAGAUUCCUUAGAAGAUCAGAAGCGCCUGGCUGAGAUUAUUACUGAUGAAUAUCGUCUUCUUCACACCAUUGCUACCCUCAACACACCUUAUGUCGCCCUCAUGGAUGGUAUUACAAUGGGUGCCGGUGGUGCUUUGUGUGCUCACGGUGGUUUCAGAGUGGCCACAGAAAACACUAUCUUUGCCAUGCCAGAGACUGCUAUUGGACUUUUCCCUGAUGUUGGAUCCAGCUUCUUCUUGCCCCGUCUUGACGGUAAGAUCGGUACUUACAUGGCCAUGACCGGUAACUCUGUCAAGGGCGAAGAUGUCCUUUUCUCUGGACUUGCCACCCAUUUUGUUCCCUCAUCUCGCUUGUCUGCUCUCGAGAGCCGCCUUGCCGAGAUUGACUCUGCUGACCCUGAGAUCAUUAGCGAUGCAAUUGAAGAGUUUUCUGCAGAAUUUGACUCUUCAUUGAAACCUUCUAUUGGUGGCAGUGUUCGUAAAACAAUUGACAACUGUUUCAAGUAUGACACAGUAGAAGAGAUUAUUGCUGCUCUUACAAAGGAUGGAUCCGAAUUUGCUCUUAAUACUAAGGCCGAUCUCUUGAAGCGUUCCCCAACCGCUAUCAAGGUUACCCUUGAGCAGAUGCGCAUUGGUUCUACACUUGGUAUUGCCCAGUGCCUUAAGAUGGAAUACAAACUUUUGCAUGUUAUGGCCAACCAUCACGAUUUUACUGAGGGUGUCACUUCCCAUUUGAUCAAUAAAACCGAGCCAAAGUGGAGCCCUAGCACCUUGGCUGAAGUCAAGAACAGCAGCAUCAAAACCGAUUUCUUUGACACACGUAGCGAGCAUAACCUGACCUUCUUGUCUCAAAAGAGCUUCAGCAUGCACCCAUUCCGCAAGUAUGGACUUCCUUCAGAAGAAGAUAUCCGUCGUGUUGUUGUAGGUGAGACCUCUGCUGGUCUGGCCGGAAUCAUGACCCAACAAGCAAUCGUCAACUACUUUGUGAUGAACCGCAAGGGUAAAUUCGGUGUACGUGAAAAGGUCACUGAAGUCCUUGGACGGAAAACAAAGGCAUCCUCCAAGGAUUCUCACAAGUUGGAGUGGGUCUAUUAAGUAUAAUCUAUUUUAAUUUACAAUUCUGUAUAAAUUAUAUACAUAGUUAAACACAAAUAUAGAUAGAUAAAUAGAUAGAUAUAAUUUCACAUAGAAAAAAAACAAAAUACAAGAUUAAAAAGGUUGUUUUAAUUAUCUAAUUUCUCUUUUUUUUUAAAAAAUAAUAAUAAUAAUAAAGAAGCUUGUUGAGCAAGUUGAU